CUCAGCUAGAGUGAGAGUCCGGCGUGAAUGAAACACCGCGCGCCAACCAAUUGGCCCAGCAGAGCAGACGCCCGCCAUCUGCCCCACCGCCAGCUGCAAUUUAAUUGAGUUGAGCAGUUCUCAUUCAAGGCAGCGCAAGAGCAACUUUUCAAAGCAACUAUGGAGACCGGGGCUACUCAGUCCGGGGACUACAAACCCGCCAGCGGACAAAAAAUUAAGGGUCGUGCUCCCCAACCUCCAUUUGUUCGUGACGUUAACGAACAUAAAGUAAUCCCAACCCUAGAAACGUGGUCAGAUCAGAAUAUCUUAACUAUGAAGGGAAAUCUGAUUAAAACCACAUUGGACAUUCUGGUAGUUCUUCCAAAUGGAGAAGAACAGAAAAUUACUGUUCAUGGAAGCAAACCUGUGAUGGAUCUUUUCGUAGAAUUGUGCAGCCAGUACCACUUAAACCCAGCCCAUCAUACUUUUGAAUUGAAGUCUGGGGAGCCCCAGGAAUCGGUGAAUUACAAGCCUAAUACUUUGAUAGGGACAUUAGACGUACAGAAGGUACUUCUAAAAUUGAAGGUUCCUGAAGAAAAAAAAAUCAAGCGCCCUCCGCCACAGAUUCCGGAGAAAACCGUGAGACUUGUUGUAAAUUAUUUGAAGGCGCAAAAGACAGUAGUUCGAGUGAAUCCUGAAGUUCCUCUUCGGAAUAUAGUACCAAUAAUUUGUGAAAAGUGUGAAGUUAGUCAAGAAUGCAUUGUUCUCUUAAGAGAUACUUUCACUGGAGAAAAACUGGAAUUGAGUAAGUCAUUGAAUGACCUAGGGAUAAAGGAGCUUUAUGCCUGGAACAACAGAAGAGUUUUGCCAGCAAAAACUCACUCUGAACCUGUUGUGAACUAUAGAGAAACAAAAGUAUCACCUGGUUAUGACACAUCAGUAAAGGAAAAGAAAGGACUUUUUGGAUAUUUUAGGACAAGUAAGAAAAACAAGGCAGAGACAUCUUCAAGAAGAAGCCUAGAUCUGGGUAGUGGAGAAUAUUUAAAAUCCAUAUUGUAUCGUAAACAAAGCCUUGAUGAAGCAGCGAUAGUGGAUUCUUCACGAAAUUUAUGUUCUGCACUGCCGGCACCAUCAUUAUCUCUUGGAAAUAUACAAGGGGCAACUUCAAGUACUGUAAUGAAGAAGCGGAGAGCACCUCCCCGUCCCGUAAUUUCAUCCUUUCCUGGUGGGGAAGCUGAUAGGGAAGAAAAAAUGCCAACCCGGAUGUCUCAAAGUUCAUUGCAACUUGAAGUAAAAAAGCAAAAGAGACGUGCUCCUCUUCCACCGCCUCCUAAAAUACCAACCAGAUACAAUGAACUUCAAAAUAAAAGAGAAAGUACAAUUGGUAAUGAACAGCAAGUGCCUCAAAAGCCUCCUAGAGGCAACACACGAGAUCCACCCCAGUUAGUGCUUCCCCCACCCCCAUCAUACCCUCCUCCUGACAAAGCUUCUAUGGACUCAGCUGCAUUGUACCAUGAAGCAGAUGUUACAGACCCAACCCAGUUGGUAUCUAAAAGAAAUGUCCAACUUUCACAUACUUAUAAAGAAGACACUGUAGAAGAAACCAGCUUUUUUAGCAGUUGUUCUAUGCCAAAAUGCAAAAUAGAUGAUACAGAAAUUAUUAAUUUACCCCCUGUUAUUGUACCAAUGGCUUUUCCAACUGAUGGCAUAAAUUCAACAGACAAAUCCAUUGAUGUAGAGAAGACCUCAGCUGAAAUAGAUUCCGUGUUGGUUGCAAAAGAAUGUUCUGUAAAUAAUGCUACCUUUAAAAAUGAUAAAUCUGAGAUUAUUAAACAAAGGGCUGAUGGCAGAAUGGUGGAAGCCAAAAUUGAGAAUAUUGAUAUUGCUAGUAUACAAAAUGUUCAACUUGCAGCAGACAAAAGCCUAGCAGGGGCGGAAAAUAUACAUAAUGAUUCUAAAAGCCAGUCGGUUUUCUUUGAGAUGAAAGGUGCAUCCAGCCCACUUCUACAAAAAGCUGAGAAUCCUUCUGAUGUUUCAUCUCCUGUGCCAGUGACAAUUAUUGAUGAAGUUCCAAAAAAUUAUACCAUUGCUCACUCAAAUACAGAAGAAAAAGAAUUGUUUUCUAAAACAGAACCUAAUGAAAAUAUUCCAGUUAAAUUGGCUGAUCUAAUUAAAUUUUUUAACAGAAAUACAAAUAUUGAAUCUGCCAGUAAGGAAUGUGUAGGAACAUCUUCCUAUUCAUCUAAGAAUUUGUCACAAAAAAAUUCUACAGGAAGUAUUUAUGAAGAUACUAGUGAUGAACUUAAUAAAUCUCAUCUAGAAUUGAAAGGUGCAUCAGCAAAAAACCCUGAUGAAGAAGAAUCGGACUCAACACAAUUUCCAUGGCGUCGUCAUCUUAGCAAUAGAUGUAAAAUCAAUCGGUCCAAAACUGGUUUGACAACUUUUACAGUAGUUCCUCCCAAACCCAAAAUAAGAAAUAUUAACAAAAUUCAGUCUCUCUAUACUGGUGGGAUUCAAAUAGAUGAUCUAGGUAACCUAGUGAAACCAAAUAAUGGUUCUCCUGGAAAAAUUACAGUAGAUGCAACCUCUAAAGUAACUAGUUUUGGCAGAGGUAAAGAAUAUAAACGGUCCAAUUCUAUGGGAAAACAAACUGAAGAAUUACCAUUAGACCAGUCUGUUGAAGCAAAAAGCAACAUAAAUGACAAACAACCUAAUAAAACAUCUAGAACUAAACCUGAUUGUAUUAGGAGUCUGAAAACAGAAACUUGGCCAAUUGUUGACUCCAGUGAUGAAACUACUGUUGGGUCAGAUGAAAUAAAAGUCCCUAGUAAUACCUCACAGUUUUUGGGGAAAACUGUCUUAGCAUCUGCAAUUGUGCACAUGGCCCCCAAACAAUCAUCAAAUGAUUAUUUGGCCACAACUGUUGCCAAUUCCAAUGAUCUAAUGCAGCUUAAAACAAUCCAAGGAAAGCAGUAUGAAGAACUAAAUAAAACAGAAGGAAUGAAAACUGAAAUGGAUCUAUUUUCCAAAAGAUGUACUGUUGCGGCCAAAUAUUGCCCAGUGGAAUUGGAGCCAGCAAAAACAAAAGAACUGUAUUCAACUACUUUCAGUUUUAGUAAAAAUGUGUCAAAUACCACUCCAUCUUGUGCUGAUCGUAGGGUAUCAAAUAUCAAGACCUCAGAACAAAACAAAACAGAACAAAACAAAGCUACUAAUACCACUUCUGGGACAUUUACUACAUUAACCUCUAACAAAAACAACCUCUUAGAACAGGAAUUUGUUUAUGAUUUAGUAAAAGAUGUAACAGAUAGAGAAAUGACUUUUGCAGUAAUAAAAAAGCCAUCUGAUCAGGUUAGAGAUCCCCUUUUUCUUAGCACACCUAGUACUGACACAUCUGCCACGACAUUUAGCUCCCAUGUGAAAUCAAGCGAUAUACCAUCAAUAGCAAUGGUUAGCCAAACAAAGUAUGAGGAUCUUGGUGAGGCAGAAAGUAAACUCUGUCCUAAUAGAAUAGAAGACAACAUCUACAAUAUUUUUGGGACAAAGACAAAAAUUAAAUCAGUUGUACAAAAGCCACCUCCAAAAGAAACAUCAUUACAUAGUACUUUAAUGGAAGCCAUUCGAAACGCAGGAGGAAAAUAUAAGCUUCGAAAGAGUACUAUAAGUGAAAGUCCAAAAGAGUCAAAAUUCAUGGAAACAAAGACUGAGCGUUCAGCUCUCUUGGCAGCUAUUAGAGGGCACAGUGGAGUCUCAAUGUUAAGAAAGAUUUCUUCAUUUGCUUCUGAGGAGUUGCAGAAAUUCCGAAAUGCAGAUAUUUUCAAGAAUAAGAACAACUCUGCAAAACAACAACAAUAUGGUCUUCCUUUGGCAUUAUCUCCUGCACAGUUGAGAAUGAGACAAUACUAUCCAGGAAUGAAGGAUAGUGUAUGGAAUUCAAGGCAAGCCUUAAUGGAAGACUUAAUGGAAACAAUCAACGCAGGAACUGGAAAAGCAUGUUUAAGAAAGGUGCCUCAGAGUGAAAAAUCCUACAACUCUGAAACAUUGUGAUAGAUUAAAAUGGUCAUCCCUAAUAGAAAGAAUGCAGGUUUUUCCCAGUUUGUUUACAAGCAACAUAAAUAUCUAUGUGGUGCUCUUGAUUAAGUUUAUGUGCCAAGGAUCUAGGAACAAUCUAUUUUCAGAAUUAUAUCAAGCCAAAAUAACAAGUUACCAAAUUCACUGGAUCUAAUGGGUUCAUCCAGAUGUAUUACAACUAUACCAUUCCCUUAAUAUGGUUCAGUGAUAUGAAAACUAUAGAUCAUGUAUAACUUGGAGAAAUCUGCCAUUAAAUAAAAUUAACAUAAGUAUGAUUUUGUUUUUCAUGAAGAUAACUUGAAUUAUGUUCAUUGUAUUAUGUUUAAUAAUUAUGAUGACAGUGCACAGGGGAGGCACUGGGCUUUCAAUGUAUAUUACUGCUAGAUUACACAAUCUUGCUCUUUAGAAGUGCUACAGCUCAUCUGCAGUGACUACAUGUAAUAUACUGUAAAAUAUUAAUUUAAUUUAGUGCCACAGAUGAAACAAU